AUGCUGGGAGGUCAGCGCCGCGAGGGCGGCUUAGUACGGGCUGUCAAGGAAGCAAAGAAGCUUCGAUUCAGCUCCGCGGAACUGAGACAAUUGACUGAGGAAACACACUGUUUCCGCGCGCAGGCGGGAGAGCGGAGGCCAGUAGAAGGCGGUUUGAACGCCGUCCAGCUAUUGGGCCUCUUCAAGCUCAGUAAUGCCGUCAGCUACUUGUUCGCUGACAGGUUCUCGCGCCUCUUCUGGUUGCAUCGUACUCAAGACAGAGGUGUGGAGAUAGGAUUCGAGGAGUUCGUAAAAGUUCUGUCCCUUUGGACGCGAGGAACUCCACAUCAGCGUCUGACGCUGUUAUUCCACCUCUACGACAGAGGCAACAAGGGAUACGUGGUUAAAGAUGACAUAGUCGAGAUCAUGCAGUCACUUUUCCUCUGCUUUCUCAAGUCUGGAGUCGUUCCCUUUGACUGGAACAGUGAAGAAUUCAAGGCGAAAGCAGCGUAUGGAAUUCUGGAGGCGUGGGCUGAUGCGGCGAUACAGCAGUUUCAUGGAGAAGAUAACCAGAAGCUUCUGUGGUACAAUGAAUUUUUGCAGUGGAUAGUUCACAUGCCUGGUGUCGCGGAGACUCUGUGCGUACCGACGGAUGUCCGCACGUGGUUGUACAACGAAGAUCGCUUGGGAAUAAGGGCGUGA